CCAAGGGUCAUUUGGAGAAAAUGGGUUUUCAAGAAAUUAGGUAAUCUAAUUAUAUAUCGAGCCAUUACUUGGAUCUACCGAUCUAAUAUAUAUAUAACACCAACAUUUCAUGUCCUUUUCUAUGCCAUCAACCACAAAUGAGAAGGUCAAUAUUUCUAGUUGUGGCAGUUUUAGCCAUCCUUGGCUAUGCAUCAAUGUGUAGAGCCACAACGUACACGGUGGGUGACACCUCCGGUUGGGACAUAGCCACCGAUGUCGAUUCAUGGGCUCAAGACAAACAUUUUGUUGUUGGUGACGUUCUUUCUUUUCAAUACUCUUCAAGUCAUAGUGUGGCGGAGGUGAAUCGAGAUAGAUAUGAGGGGUGCAACACGACCAAUGUACUACAACCAGGUAGUAAUGGGAACACAACAUUUGCUUUGACAAAACCAGGAGAUAGGUAUUUCAUAUGUGGUAAGCAACUACAUUGCUAUGCCGGAAUGAAGCUUCACGUGGUUGUUGAAGGUAAGGCGGCAGAAGCACCUUCCAGAGCACCACAGGCGGAGUCCGGUGGUGAUUCUACAACCACCACCACCACCACUACCACCAUCCCUUCUUCAAAAAAUAAUAAUCCAUCGCCUAUUGUUCGUAAUUCAUCCACAUUUGUGCGUGUUGGGUUUAAGUCACUAGUUUUCGUGGCUUUUACAUGUCUUAUGUCUUGGAUUAUGUAGGAAUCUUGAAUGAAUCCAGUGUUAUGUUUUCAUGUUAUGCAACUUAUCAUUGGAAUAAAAUUGGCUUGUGUUAUAAGGGUAACUUAAUUUGUUUGAUCAUGUACUACAUACUAGAUUUUCUUUUGAUCGCUACACUGUUUAAUGUAUUUGUUCAAAUAUAG